GGGCUUCCAUCCGCAGCGGCUCCCAUACACAUGCUGCCGGCCCUCCGCGGAGCAACAAUUGGACCUUGACAGCGAGAGAAAGAGGAAAGAGAGGGAGCGGGGCCAAAUGUGAGAGGCUGAUCAGCCGCAGCGGCGCACAUUCAGACUUAACAAUCUCCCUCUUUAUGCGCCUUGGAUCACAAACUUGCGCAGACGUCUUAUAAACAUGCACCUUUUGGGAAUAUCUCUGUUUCUGGCAUAUUUGCUCUACACUAACCUGGCGAGCGACUUCAGCCACAGAGACUAUGAUGAUGAGUACGCGGAGCAGGAGCCGAUGGACGAGCCGGACACAUUACCAAAGCCGGACAUGGAGCAGAAGCUGCGUUCAGCCUCCAGUGUAGAUGAACUGAUGAGUCUGAUCUAUCCUUCAUAUUGGGCUGCUCUGAAGUGCAGAUCCAAACUUUCUGUCGCUGCAUCCUCAGCUUCCAAAUUCACUCAGCGGCCACAGACUCACCGGCUGCGGCCGCUUUCUGAAGCCGAGGAGCCAACAUACGCUGCUGCCUACCUCAACUUGGAUGUCCUUAAAAGUAUAGAGUUGGAGUGGAGGAAAACUCAAUGCAUGCCCAGAGAAGUGUGUGUUGAUGUGGGCAGGGAGUUCGGGGCUCCCACCAACGUCUUCUAUAAGCCACCGUGUGUGUCUGUAUAUAGGUGUGGAGGAUGCUGCCCCUCCGAGGACAAACAAUGCAGAAAUAUCUCCACCGGUUACCUCAGCAAAACUCUCUUUGAGAUCACAGUGCCUCUCACCCAGGGCACCAAGCCUGUAACCAUCAGCGUGGCCAACCACACCCAGUGCAGCUGUCUGUCCAAACUGGACAUUUACAGACAAGUUCACAGCAUCAUCAGGCGCGCCCUGCCAGAGUGUGCAGUAGCCAACAGGACGUGUCCACCUGGCCAGGUGUGGAACACCAAGCAGUGCCAGUGUAUCAGCAUGGCUUCGGUUGUUAAGCCCCCUCCUCCACCACUGCUUCAUCUACGAUCACCUCAGCAGCACCAUGACGUACUCUCAUCAGAUUUGUGUGGCCCAGAUAAAGAGCUAGAUGUGGAAAGCUGCCAGUGUGUAUGCCGUCUUGAAAAUCCAACUCGUGACUGUGGGCCAAAGCGACACUUGGACCGAAACACUUGCCAGUGCGUCUGCAACAUGCUGCCUGCUCCUUCCUGCCCCCAGAACCACAUCUUCAACAAAGAGACCUGUCAGUGCACGUGCAAUAAGACCUGUCCGAGGCACCAGCCCCUAAACAAGACGAAAUGCUCCUGUGAAUGUAACGAAUCGCCAAAUAAGUGUUUUCUGAGAGGAAGAAGGUUUCACCAAGCAACAUGCAGUUGUCUUAGGCCUCCAUGUGAGGUGAGGAGACGGAAGUGUGAAGCAGGUUUCUUCUUCAGUGAGGAGGUGUGUCGCUGUGUCCCCUCGCAUUGGAGGCGCUUGGACUAAUAUCUGGCUCGUAACUCGCCAUCAAGAUACAAACUUCAGACAGUUCAAUACAUCACCUAUCACUUGUAGACCUGCUGGUCAACAGGAUUCUCAUCAGCCAUGGUGGCAGCUAAGUGAGUGGAUCCUGAUGGACUUGGGGAAACCGUUGGGAUUGGAAUGCAAAUUAUUGGAAAUUGAACAUAUAAAGGUGAGAAAUGCACUGAUUUUCUUUUGAGGACAUUUAAAUGGAGAAUGAAUGACAAGACGGGAGGAAGAACUGCAGGAUUAAAAGAGUCAACACUCGACAUUGGUUAAAUAAUGCGUUUUAAAAUAUUUGGAAAUUAAUUAUGUCUCAGUAUUCUGAUGUGAAAAAUUGAUUAUAUUAUUUAUUAAAUGCUAUUUUCAUCCUUCGUUUAUUGCAAUUUCUGUAUUUUUUAUAAAAAUACACUGUGAUCAAUAUUUUUGUAUCAUGUAUGUUAAGUAUAUGUGUGUAAAAUAAAGUAUCCUGGAUGU